AUGUCACCUUCCGCGCCAAGUGCAAUUGAAGAAUAUGAAGCAAACAGAAAGGAAUUGAUCCUCGCCGACAGAGCUCAACGCGCAGACCACAAGAAAGGCCAGCUUUCUGAGCUAGAGGUUUUAGCUGAUAAAGUCAUUCGAGAAGUCCGAGCCACUGAAGCUGCAUCUAUCUGGAACCGAGAAUAUGAAGGCAUCCCUCAUCCAUUCCCCGGCAUGGAAUUUCUAACUGGUCGCAGUAUCAUCGUGCAAACGAAGCUGUUCAAAAUCUUGGGAAAGGGAUGUCUACCCAGAUUUACCAUGCCCAAAGGCGGACUCCUUCAUGCACACCUUGACGCGACUGUCAACGUGUCGUUCCUUUUGAAAACUGCAAUGAAGUACCCUGCUAUGCAUGUUCGAGCUUCAACAGCUCUUAACGCAACCAAUAUAGGUCAUGUUCUUCCAGAAAUGUCGGCUUUGCCCCAACAUCUUCGUACAGCCGGCGAAAUUGCUUUGACCAAUCACGAUUAUAUCCCUGACACUUGGGUGCCCAUGCUUAAAGCCCGGGAAAGCUUCGAUCCCAAGCUUGGUGGACCGGACGGCUUUGAUCGUUGGAUCACUGCUGCUCUGACGAUCAAUCCUACUGAAGCAUAUGUGACGCAUAACACGGUUACAAAGAUCUGGCAAAAGUUUCAAAGCACCUUUAUCGUCAGCGCACCCCUUGUGCGAUACCAGCCGAUUCAGAGGCAAUAUAUUCGAGAAUUUAUCCUCAGUUCCAUCGCAGAUGGAAUAUCUUACGUUGAACCCAGAAUUAACUUCCUCAGGGACGCAAUACCUUUCAUUGCUGAGGACGGUCAACGGCAACUUGCUCACAGGGAGGUAUUGAAAGAUUUUGAGGACGUAGUUGGCGAAGUGAAAGCGGAGCUUAAAGCAAAGGGUAGAGAAGACGAUUUUAUUGCCGCGAAGAUCAUAUAUUCUACAAUCAGAUUUAUCACACCAGCCGAACUCGAGUGGUAUCUUCGGGACUGCAUUGCUCUGAAAAAAGAAUUCCCCCAUCUCAUCGCCGGGUUCGACCUUGUUGGCGACGAAAACGUUCUCAAACCCUUGACUUAUUACCUCGAGCCUCUCCUGAAGUUCCGUGAAAUGCAAAAAGAAGCUGGCGUCUCAGAAAUACCUUUCAUUUUCCACGGUGGAGAGACCUUAGGUGACGGGACAGAAGCGGAUAUGAACCUCUAUGAUGCGAUUCUGCUAGGUACCAAACGGAUCGGACAUGGGUUCUCCUUGGUCAAACACCCGAAGCUGAUAGAACUCUGCAAAGAACGCGGGAUCGCAGUUGAAGUAUGCCCGAUUUCGAAUGAAAUCCUUCGGCUCACGUCUUCAAUGCACAUGCACCCUCUACCUGUCUUGUUGAAUCAAGGAGUUUCCGUCGCUCUCUGCUCCGACGAUCCGUCCGUAUUCGGGAACAUGGGUUUGACAUUUGACUAUUUCCAAGUUCUAGCAGCAAGUGAAAUCACGGGUCUUAUUCAGCUCGGGGAGAUGGCUAAGGAUAGUAUCAAGUUCUCGAGCAUGGAACCGGAAGAGAAGGCGCAUGCUCUCGGAGCUUGGCAGAAACGCUGGGAGAUAUUUCUAGAAUACGCCGUAAAAGAGGGUCAGAAGUUCCUCACUUAG